AGUAGCCGCGUGUAUUUCCAGGUAAAAGUAAUGAAGUUUUCAGUCAGAGUGAUAUCGUGCCUCCUGCUCUGCGCGGCGAAGUGCUGCAGCGGAUUGUCGAAGAGCGAAAUUGCCAAUAUUCGCGUCACUUUUAACGAGAGCCAAGCACUGAAUCUGAGCGAAUCAGUCAUUUUUUUCAUGAGAGACUAUAGAUUAUUGAUCAACGAUGAGCUCGCGUUGGCCAAAAGCGCUUUUAAUCACAAUAAACCGACCAAGAUCGUUACUCACGGCUGGCUAAGUAGCUCCAGCAGCUCAGUCUGCACUUCGAUUCGCGAUGCUCUCGGCGAGAAAGGCGAUUACAAUAUCAUUCUGGUCGAUUGGCACGAGAUAUCCAAGCUGGAAUACACCGUGUCAGCUGGUCUGACGAAGCAAGUGGGCAAAUUCGUCGGUGGAAUGAUCAAUUUUUUAAUGAGCAAAGGCAGUAGCCCCAGUGAUUUCAGCCUAGUCGGUCAUUCCCUCGGCGCCCACGUAAUGGGUUUCGCUGGCCAAACAGCCGAUCAUAAAGUUGCUCACAUCGUCGGAUUAGAUCCGGCCGCUCCGGGUUUCUCGAUGAACGACGCCGACGAUCGUUUAUCACGAGACGACGCGUCCCUCGUGGAAAUCAUCCACACGAACGCCGGUAAUUUAGGCAUACUUCAGGCCAUUGGUCACAUCGAUUACUAUCCCAACGGCGGCGGUGUCAAGCAGCCCGGCUGCGGCCUCGACCCGGACGACGUCUGCUCGCACGGCCGUUCCCACGUCUAUUACGCCGAGUCGUUACGCAGAUCCGAUGCCUGGUGGGCGCGACGCUGCGACAGCUACGUCAACUUUUUAUUCGGCAAGUGCGCCGGUAACUUGAUCGUACCUUUUGCCAGCUGGCUGCCGGACUGGAGCAAGCCUCACGGCGUUUACAUGCUGCGCACCGGGAAAACGGCGCCGUUCGGCCUGGGCUUGUUCGGGGCCGAGAGGGACGGCAACGAGACCGAUUCCGCCAAGUCUUACUUGACUAAUUCCAUGAGAAAAUAAAGAAAGCAAAAAAUACAUUAACACGUUAUUAAACAUGCC